GAUACCGGUGUCUGUGUCUGUUACAUUUUUUGAUUUUAUAACUUAUCGUAUAGAAGAGAGUAAAGGAAACCGAAGUUAAAACGACAUCGUUGCGAUUUCGUCUCGUCUCGUCUCGUCUCGUCUUCCUCACAAUCACAGGCGCAAAGGAACCAAGAAGAAGAUAAUAAUCACAUCCACAGACCACAGUAUCUGUCAUUAUAACCAUCGCUCUACUGCUUUCCAGUUAGCCACUUCGCCAAUCUCGUGUUCCCCGUCGAAAAACCACCGCCGUGUGCUCCUUCGAGCAGUCUGAGUCUCGGUCAACGGAGACGGAGAUUUCGAGGUUAUACUAGCUGAAACGUAUCGGGCACUGAUGGCCUUGCCUCCAGGUAUGGAUAUGCCGAUCAUGCACGACAGCGAUCGCUACGACUUUGUUCGAGACAUCGGCUCCGGUAAUUUCGGUAUUGCCCGAUUGAUGACGGAUAAGCAGACCAAAGAGCUUAUCGCGGUCAAGUAUAUUGAGCGAGGCGACAGGAUAGAUGAAAAUAUUCAGAGAGAAAUUAUCAAUCACAGGUCUUUGAGGCAUCCAAACAUUGUCAGAUUUAGAGAGGUGAUUCUAACACCUACCCAUCUCGCUAUUGUGAUGGAGUACGCAUCUGGAGGAGAGUUAUUUGAACGCAUAUCUAAUGCAGGACGAUUCAGCGAGGAUGAGGCUCGUUUCUUUUUUCAACAACUUAUAUCUGGAGUGAGCUACUGUCAUUCAAUGCAAAUAUGUCAUCGGGACUUGAAGCUAGAAAACACACUGUUGGAUGGAAGCCCAGCGCCUAGGUUGAAGAUAUGUGAUUUUGGGUAUUCCAAGUCUUCUUUGCUGCAUUCACAACCAAAUUCUACAGUGGGUACUCCUGCAUAUAUUGCUCCCGAGGUGUUGCAUAGAAAAGAAUAUGAUGGGAAGCUUGCAGAUGUUUGGUCAUGUGGAGUUACAUUAUACGUUAUGCUGGUUGGUGCUUAUCCAUUUGAAGAUCCUGAGAACCCGAAGGAUUUUCGUAAGACAAUACAGAGAGUCAUAAAUGUUCAAUACUCUAUUCCUGAAACUGUCAUGAUUUCUGAGGAAUGCCGUCAUCUAAUUUCUAGGAUCUUUGUGGCUGAUCCUGCACAACGCAUCAGUAUGCUUGAAAUCAGGAACCAUCCGUGGUUCCUCAAGAACCUCCCAGCAGAUCUGAUGGAUGAAACAACCCAAUUCCAAGAGCUGGACCAGCCUAUGCAGAGCUUGGAAACCAUAAUGCAGAUAAUAUCCGAGGCCACUAUACAUCCAGUUGGUUCAUAUAACCUAGACAUGAUGGAUGAUGAUGACAUGGAUGACCUGGAUUCUGAUCCUGAUCUUGAUAUUGACAGCAGUGGGGAGGUGAUUUAUGCCAUGUGAUUUGCUACUUCAAAGAUUGUGCAAGCAUCGCCAGCAUAUCGAUCAAGUUUCGUGGUUAUGGGAGUCUUUAGUUCACAGGGUGAAUGAAUGCAAGCAAUGGUUAGCUAUCUGUGGUUGGAUAGAUAUUCACUGGAUAAUUACUGCUGGAUCGGUUUAUUUUUCUUAUUUCUUAUUUUGUAUAUGUAGUUGUGUUUGUAUAUGCAUGGUGUUGUUCCUGUAUCAUUGUAUUUAUAUAUUAGGAUUUGCGAAAAAGUGGGGACCGAACUGAAUGUAUGAAGUCAGUGUGGUUUGUGUGAACUUGGGUUUGCGUUUUACUAUUUGUUUUCAUUUUAAUACUGAAAUUUAUUUAUGUAA